AUGGAGCACAAUGCUCGCUUUCCUUCAGAUCCAACCCAAGAGGAACCUCGUCUUUUUACACGACAACUUUUGCUAGAUGCAAAUCACCUUCCAGACGCUGCUCCUACCGUUGCCAAGAUGAAGAACAAGAGAAUAUGGCGGCCAUAUCCAGAUUACUGCAUUAUGUGUUCUUUGAGCGGCGACAAUGUUGGAGUGAACGUGCCGAAAUGCACGGUCCAUAAACAACCGUUCAGAUCGCAUUCUCAAGCGCCUGGCCGCCAAACACAAAACGACGAGCAUCAUCGAACAAAAAGAAUGCCAAGGGAAAGACACAGUCCCAUUACCAUGCAGAUAGCAAGAUCCAGUCACCAGCUGGCGACAAUCCCGAAACUCCUUGAGCAAAAUGUGGAGGAGAGACCAGACAUGACGCAAGGAGUAACACUUGACCUAUGGAAGCAAGCUGUGCGUCAUCCACCUGUAGAAGGGGAGUCUGACGAGGCCGUGCGGGCCAAAUGGCGAUAUUAUCAAACCCAUAUUCGGGGAUCGGACGCUCUCAAAACCCUAGAAACGGAUGAUUUCCAUCUGUUAUUAUCUCAACUCGGGAUCGAGAGCGGUCCGACAUUUUCAGAAAAGGCAGAGAUCAUUCUCGGAGAUAUGGAAAGUGCUGGUAUUCCAAUCGAGUCACGCAUGUAUGAAGUCUGGGCAGAGCAUGCGGAUAUCAUGUCGCUGGCGGACGCAGAGUCGUUUCUUAGUACCGUGUGGUGGUGCGGUUCGCCACAGUUGGUGUCAGACAACCUGUUUGCGACUCUGAUUAGGAUUUUGGGUGCGCAACAGAAGCGGGAUGCGGCAAUGGUUCUGUUUAAUAAAGCAAAGGCCUCUGGUCGUGCCGGAAAGAAAACAUAUGUUGAGACGAUCAAAACCGCGUGCUGGAUGGACGCAAUGAAUCUGGCUCGUUCUUUGUGCGAUGAGAUGGAGGAGGAGAUAAAGACUGUGAUUACAGAAGAUCUUUUGGCGAGUAUGAUAUGGAUAUGUUCACGAAGAAAUCGAAGGGAUCCGUCCUCCGCCACCCAGAUCUUUGAUUGGGCAAAGCUCAAGAAAAAAUGUGGAGUCAAGGUCUACGCAGAGAUGAUGUGGACCUUGUGUGCGGCAGAUAUGGUGGAUGAAGCUGUGGAGCUAUGUAAGGAAAUGAUUGUUGAAAAGAAGAUUGCUCCGAAUACCAAGAUCUGCAAUACACUCUUAUGGGCAUACCUCAAACGCAAAGAGGACGACAUGGCCAUGGAUGUAUUGAAACGAAUGACGACCGCGGAAGUCACGCCAAACUCUAUUACGUAUGAAGGUGUCAUUGUCGCCUUAGCCAAGCAGCGUGACGUGGACGGUGCCAUGGAAGUUUUUCGACGAAUGGAAGAGUCCCCAGGUGCGACGCCGACGACAUAUACCUAUAACAUCAUCCUCAACAUCCUGUUGAAGCAUGGGCGGAUGGCGGACGUAAUGCAGCUAUUGGAGAAGAUGCCUAAAAGAGGAAUAAAGGCCGAUGCCAUUACAUAUCGGACGUUGAUACAGGGGCUGACAGUGAAUGGACGAGCGGAUGAGGCGCUGAAAGUGUUCCAUUCAAUGUUGAAAACAGGUAUUGCCGGCGAUGCACGAACCGCGGUUGUGGUUCUCAAGGCGUUUGUAGCUGCUGGCAGAUUGGAGGACGCAAUUGCAUCCCUCAAUCAAAUGAAAGCUGGGAAAUGGAAGAUUAAUUCCUGGGCAGUUACUGUGCUCAUCCAUGCCUAUCUGAGAAGAGCAAGUUACGAAAAUGCCUUUGAAUUGCUAGAUACCCUCGGUGACGGCAUGCAACCAGAUAGGGUCACGUACACUUGCUUCAUUGAUGCGUACGCCUCUCGGGGCGACAUGGAAGGUGUAUCGAGAAUGAUACGCGCCAUGGAUUCCCGACAAAUCGAACCCGAUACCCCGCUCUAUAACGCGCUUAUCGAUGCACAUGUGCAGCAAGGAAAUAAAGAUGAGGCGUUUCGAUUAUUCCGCGCAAUGGUCGAUCGUGAUUUACGGCCUGAUGUGCGGACUUACACGAUGCUCGUGAAGGUGUGCGCUGAUAGUGGAGCUGUUGAGGAGUGCGUCCGUCUGAUUGAGGAGAUGGAAGUGAGCGGAGUGUGGCCCAAUGUCAUGACAUACACAUGCCUUAUUCUGGGACUGCUGAAAGCCGGUCAAGGCCAGAGGGUUGCGCAAUGGUUUGAAAGGAUGGUGAAAGCCAGCACCUCACAGUUGUUGAUAACGAUGAGGCCAACCAAUGGCGAGAAAAAGACUCUAGUGAAGCACCCCAGCUUCACGGUGGAUGGACAGGCAUGUUCGACAGCACUGACGGGCUUGGUCCGUUUAAAGGAUUUUGACAAUUAUGCCAAAGUCUUGCAUUCGAUCCAUGAUUGUGGCCUGCACGUAGAUCCCAGCCACUAUGUCUUUGCAAUUGAAGCUCUUAAAGAAUUGGGCCGACCUCGAAGGGCCGAAAUGCUGUAUCGGAGGAUGCUUUCCGAUGAUAUUCAUGAUCGAGCCGCUGUGCGGCGGGCUAGGAGUGCAGUAUUGGCGGUCGUGGCCAAAAAGUACGGUGAAGAUGGAGUCGAGGGCUUUCUGCGACGAGAACGAUAUGGCUGGAAGCAUGUGCCUGUUGAUGGGAUUAUCAAGGUUGAAGUUUAA